AGUUUUCUUGGGGGUCGGCUACAUUAGCGUACAUGUAUCGCCAGUUAGGAUUCUCGAGCCGGGCUGAUGCGGCAGGUAUCACUGGAUGUAUGACGUUGUUACAGACGUGGAUAUACGAGUAUUUCCCGGCGUUUCGACCACACCGCGACCCGGUUCCUAUUGGGGAUGGCCAGCCACGUGCCUGUGCGUGGAGUCCGCGUGUCGAGAAGAAGUCCAUUGACCGCCUGCGAUCGAUACGGUUAUUGCUUGACAGGAUGUCCCCAUUAGAGGUGAACUGGAUGCCUUUCGGCCAGAACCCUAGUAAUAGGGUACCCAGGACCCUCUACACGGGACUGAUUCAGUAUCGUGAGAUCGUAGAGGCGUACAUGCCGCAGCGCUGUCUUCGCCAGCUUGGAUAUGUCCAAGUUGUUCCUCCUCCACCAGCAUGGCCCAGUAAGGCCGUCCGAUCUGCGUCGUCGAAGGAGUACGUCGUCCAAUGGCCGGCAAGCAUGAUUGGCACGUGGGAGCAGUUUCCAAUGGUUGCCCGCAUAUGGAUUGAGCAGCUGCAGCGGCCGCCAACUGGGGUGGCUGCCAUGUGUGACCAGCACUACAUGGAGUGGUACAACCGGCACUCGCACCCGAGGUUGAUCAGAGACGUCCACCACGACGACGACGCCGAUGAUGAUGAUGUGCCACCGCCCACUGCCGUGGAUGCGUGGAUGGGAAAGAUGACGCAGUUGGGACACAGACUUUUUGAGGAGAGGGACAACAUGACGACUGCAACAGGCAGAGCUGUUAUUGAUGAACUGGAACGGGCCCUUGAGCAGUGGCAGUGGGCGUCACAGAGAGAUUAUUGAUAUGUCGGCAGUGC